AUGGAGGCGAAGGUCCGAGUGGAUACGGGUCUGACAAAUAUGGGUGUGCUCCAGCUCCACAAUCCUACUCACCCCAGCACGCUUCUGCAGCGUGCCAAUCAGAUGCGUCUGACCGGCACCUUGUGUGAUGUCAUCAUCACGGUGGACGGCCAGGAGUUCCCGGCGCACCGCACCGUCCUGGCCUGCACCAGCAAAAUGUUCGAGAUCUUGUUCCACCGCAGCAGCUUACGCUACGCCCUGGACUUCCUGUCCCCCAAGACCUUCCAGCAGAUCCUGGAGUAUGCCUACACUGCCUCGCUCCAGGCCACAGCCGAAGACCUGGAUGACCUGCUGUACGCCGCUGAGAUCCUGGAGAUAGAGUACCUGGAGGAGCAGUGCCUGAAGGUGCUGGAGACCAUCCAGGCGGAAGAGAGCGAGGAGGUGGCUGUGAAGACUCACAGCUCCGGAGACCACAGUGACCACAGCAGGGCCAGGCACUGGAGGCACAUGUUGAUGUCCAAGAAGCAUUCCAUACAGGAUGGACCCAACCGCAUCACUCCCACCGCUCUACACCACCUGGCGCUCUACCACAUGACGGAGGGGAGCUCUCCUGGCCCAGAGCCCAAGACGGCUCUUGAAUUGAGCCCCAAGCUGGACACGGAAGUAGACAUGGAGAGCUCUCAGCAGCCUCCGCGUCGCAGUUCAGAGUUAUCCCAAGCCUCAAUCCUGGAUCCUGGCAGAAGUAUAAAAUCAGAGAGCAUGCUGGUGGAUGACGCCAACGGCUGCGAGGGCAGGUCAUCCAGCACAGGAGAGGGAAGCUGCAUGUCAGACCAGGCCAGAGACGAGGGCCCGGGGACGCCCAUGAGAGGCAGCGUGAUCACCAGCGCUCGGGAGCUGCACAUAGGCCCAGAAGACGGAGGACAAGUAGUGGGGAACUCCCUCGACUGUUUCCCCGGGAUCUCUGAGAAACAUCUGGCCUCCCUAUACUCUGUGCCCUCCAACCACACUGGGGAGGGGAUGCUGCCAGUGUCUGUUUCAGUGGCCCCGUCCGUGGGCGUGCCACUGGACCCGAGGGCCUACAGCGGCCUCCUGCACCAAGGCCUGCUGCACAGGGAGCUCCUCACCAGGCUGGGCCAGUUUGCAGCAGGGAUGAGGCACGAGGGCCAGGCUCAAAGCCAGCAGUGUUGUGGCGAGUGCGGGCUUCAGCUGCACAGCAGGCAGGCCAUGGAGCAGCACAGGAGGCUGCAUAACGAGGAGAAAGGCCACGGCUGUGAAUACUGUGGCAAACACUUCCUGGACAGCAUGCGGUUAAGGAUGCACAUGCUGUCUCACACAGCUCCUGCAGAGGCACUGGUGUGUGAUCAGUGUGGAGCGACAUUCUCCUCAGAGGAUGCUCUGGAAGCCCACAGGCAAACACACACAGGGACUGACAUGGCGUUGUUCUGUCUGCUGUGUGCAAAGCGCUUCCAGACCCAGAAGGCCCUGCAGCAGCACAUGGAGGUCCAUGCAGGGAUGCACAGCUACAUCUGUAGCCACUGCGAGCGCCCCUUCCCCAGCCACACGACCCUCAAGAGACACUUGCGCUCGCAUACGGGCGAUCACCCGUUUGAGUGUGAAUUCUGCGGGAGCUGUUUCAGAGACGACGGCACACUGAGGGGCCAUAAACGCAUCCACACGGGAGAGAAGCCUUACGAGUGCAACGGCUGUGGGAAGAGGUUCAGCCUCAAACACCAGCUAGAAACACACUACCGUGUACAUACGGGUGAGAAGCCAUUCGAGUGUAAGUUGUGUCACCAACGUUCCAGAGACUACUCAGCUAUGAUCAAGCACCUGCGCACUCACAACGGAGCGUCUCCGUACCAGUGCACCGUCUGCCAGGACUUCUGCCCGAGCCUGGCCGCCAUGCAGAAGCACAUAAAGGGCCACAAGCCAGAGGAUGUGCCAGCGGACUGGAGGAUAGAAAAGACUUACCUGUACGUCUGUUACGUCUGA